CACUAAUGAUAUCGAGGAGUACAAUGCAAAUUGUUGGCUGAUGAGUCCACCAUGUCAACCUUAUACGAGGGGAGGCAAAGGAUUAGACGAUCAGGAUCAAAGAGCGAAAGGAUUGCUUCAUUUAAUUCAUGUUUUGUCCGAAUUAUCGAUUCCUCCGGAAUACAUUUUUCUUGAGAAUGUUUUAAAUUUUGAGGCAAUAUAA